UCUGGAGAAAAUCCAUGUAGUCACAGGGAUAAAGUGCAAACUCCACCAGACAACAGGAUUGAACCCAGGUUACUGCAGCUCCACUGACUACCAUCAUAACACUCUUCGGUGCCUUCCCAACAGCCCACACUGUGAGAAGGAUGCAGAAGGGGUUCAGGAGAAUAAAGGUAGAUUAAGUAAAGAGGCAGGUUCAUGUAAAACAGAUCCUAACGCUGUUAGCUUUCCAGGCGAAAGCUGUGAAGUGCGCAUGCCCGGGAACCUGUCGCGCGUUGCUAGGCGACGACUGCGCGAUGCGCGGCGGAGAACCCGGGCUGUCGCCGGCUGAUCCGCGCCGUCCUCGGUGGGUUUCCUCCAGGUGCUCCAGUUUCCUCCCACAGUCCAAAGACGUACCGAUUGAACCAUGGACAAGUUGCAACGAUUUCUUACCUCUGUGGAUGAGACCUUAUGCAAACAUGUCGUAUGUCAACACCCGCCGUGCUGGGAAACCAUGAGACGGUUAGAGCGCGGGUUUCCACGCAUCAGCUUGCAAUCUGAACCCAAACUCCCUCUGGAAAGUGAAGGUGGUCUACCACUGCUGAAUAUACUGGACCUCCCACAGUGGAGUGCAGAUCAAGCUAUUGAUAUAUCAAUUGUACCCCUAACUUCAAGGAAAACAGCUGCAAGCUCACAGUCGUAUAAAUUACCCCCUCAUCCAGAUAACCUACAAUCUGCCAGUUUGCUGGGGACCAGCAGGGAAAGCAGUUAUUUUAUGUGGUUUACCAGAAGUCACUUUUGUUCUCCUUCAACAAGGGACAGACCUGUCAAUCUCAGAAAGGUUGAGGUGAUGGAGCUGAAUCAACAGAUUUCAUCCUGUGACCAGUACUUGGGGAAGACUAUUUUUAUCUGGGUUCCAAAUCUUCAGAACAAGAGGAAAUGGCAGAAAGAGCAUGCACAUUCCAUCGUAACUCCACAGUCUGUGUCCGUCAAAGAAAUCAGCUUCCAGGGUCAGCCGUAUGAUGAGCUUGUUGGACUGUCAGUGGAACAGAAACAAAGACAAAAGAAAAAGAAGGCAAAAAAGAAGACAAUAAAUGAAUGGCAGCCAUACACUCACCUUGCCAGGGAGCAGCAGAGACUUAAGGGAUGGAAGGAUACGCUGCAUCCAUUGAAUAAAGAGCACAGAAAUGAAUUACCAGAGAUGAUGGAGGAGUUCCUGACUCAACCGUACAACAGUGACCGUGUAACAGAACAAGUUCUAAGACAGCAGUACUCCUCUACCAAGAGCCAAUUGUUGUUUAAUCGCUAUGAGGAUCAAGGUGCUAGAAAAAUUCCAGCUCACGUUAUGCUUAUCCCUGUCAGUAAGAAAAUUACCCUGCACCAUUUCAAUGAGAAGCAGAAACUAGCUCAGUCAACAUUGCAUUCCAGAGGUUCACACAGAAAGGAUGCACAGCAUUUGGAGGUCAGAAGUUUGGACAUCAAUCACCCGAAGAUGCAAACAUACUUUGAAAAUAAUCUUUUUGUCCUCAAAGAGAACACAGAUUCAGAUCCAGAUUAUAUGCACCCACCUUCUCCUGUCCUUUCAACAAAUGGUGUUGAUCCUAUUGAUACACUGGAUAUGAAAGGAGAUACUCCAUCAAUUAUUAUGGAUAGCAAAUUUUUAAUGGCUGAACCUGGAUUACAAGAAACAGGGAGCUCAAGUUUAACCACCUCUGUGUAUUCACAGGAGAACAAUAUCUUGAUAGAGUCUCCAGCCGAGGUGCAAAGUACAAAGUGGACUAAAAUGGGAACUUCAACAAUGGAACAGGCAGGCUUCAAGGACCAGCGUAGCAGUCCUGUUGAUAAUCAGAAAGAGCAGCAGGAUCUCAUCACUGCCAGUGAAAUUACACCUCCAAUAGUGGGACAAGCAGGCUCUGAGGACCAGAGGGCCAUUUCUAUUGACGAGCAGGAUCAACAGCAGGAUCUCAGCACUACCACUGAAGUCAGACCUUCGUUUGUGGAAAAGGUGGGUUCUGAGGAUCAGAGUACCAUUCCCAUUGACAAAGUGGAUCAACAGCAAGAUCUCAGCACUGCCACUGAAGUGAAACCUCAAAUGGUCUCUGAGGUCAAGAGUAGAUUUCCAAUUGCCAAAGAGAAUGAACUGCAAGAUCUCAGCACUGUCACGGAUGUAGGGCCUCUGACAAUGGAGCAGGGAGACUCCAGGGACCAAAGCAGCUUCCCAACUGUUGAAAGAAAUGAAGUGCAGGAAACUAAAUGGGUAGACACAGAGGAUCAGAACACCUUUACAGUUGCAGUAAUGAGUGAUCCCAGUGCUGCCACAGAAUUGCAGAUUCCAAUAAUAGAUCAAGGGAAUAAUUAUCAGAGUGAUCUUCCAGUUACGGAAAGAAAUGAACAGCAAGAUUUGGGAGCUGCCACUGAAAGCACAGUUUUGAUCUGGGAACAGAGGAAUGAUGAGAGAUCUGAAGAUCCUCAGAAUGCUACAAUAGUUGCUGAAAGUGUUGACGGCAGCUCCCAUUGAAAUAUUAUCUUCACAUAUUGUAAACAUGGAUCAGAGAGAGACUGAAGUUUAACAUUAGCAACAGAAGGAGAAUUAUCAACACAAGCUGAUUCUUUCUUCACUUUCAUACUUAAAAAUUUACAAAACAGAUUUUUUUUCCAAAUGAGACUCCAUGAUUUAGGAACAUCAACUUUUACAGUGAGUUGUGCUGACCAAGCUGGAGGGUGUUGAUGCGGUUGUUUUACAAUCUAUUUUCUGCUUCAGGCCCAGAGACAACUCAGUCAAACACCAGUCUGCGCAGUUGCACUGUAACUGGAAUUCAGCGCCAGAUCAGCACUCCUACUGGAUCAGAGGAAUACUGUACUGUGAAUGCCUGUGCUUUCUGAAGCAAUCAAUUUAUUGUCCAUUACAUUACAAAUUUUCCCCUCUACUUGCUGUUGGUUUACUGAAAUGUGUUAAUUUUUAUCCUUCUUUGGCUGUAUUCACUACAUGCAGUAAAAAAAUUAUAAAAUGUAAUUUUUGUUAUUUUAACGUUUUCUUGCUAUUUUCUAUUUUGCUUUUCUUUCCUCAGUUAUUUCUACAUUUUAAUGACAUAAGAAUUAGAAACAAAUUAAUUUGGCCUUGUGUGCCCGGGUGGACAAUGAUUAAGAUUUCAGCUGAUAUUCUACCUCAGCAUCACUUUCCUAACAUAGUUCUGCGUUCCUUGAUUUCCUUAAUAUCUAAAAAAAAAUCUUGAUCUCUGGUAUAUUUAGUGAAUGUGCCUUUCAGGUAGGGAAUUCUAGAGAUUCACUACCCUCUGAGUCAAAUAAUUUCUGUUAGUCCUGAAUAUCCAACCUAUUAAUUAGAGACCAUGACUGGUUCUAGACACUCUCCAGCCAGCAAAAAAAAAAUCAGUGUGCAUCUAUUUUGUCAAGCCCCAUAGUGCUUUAUACUUUUCACACUCAGUUACAAUCCUAGGGAAUGUUGGAGUACACUCAAAGGGCUAGAGAGACUAUUCCUGCUCCUAUUUCUCACAUUAAUAAUAAAUCAUGAAACGUGGCUGCACUCCCUUUAUUGUACCUUUGUCCUAUCUUGGUGGAGAGAGAGGGCCUGCACACAAUUUGCAAAUGCAAUCUGACCUGGCCCCUAUGUAACUGCAGCAUGACAACUUUAGUAUUCAAAUUCUCUUGCAAUAAAGCCCACCAUACCAUUUCACUUUCUACUACUUUGUGAAACCACAUUACUUUUAAAUAAUUUGUGUACA